AUGCAAUAUACUGCUCAUGAUACGUUUGGAGGUGGAUAUGACUAUGAUCGUCCUAAUUAUUAUGCAAUCCUUGGAUGUGAUAGGUGCUCAACGAAAUCACAAAUUAUAGCGGAGUAUCGGCAGCGAAUACGGCAACUUCAUCCUGACAAAUCAUUAAAACAAGUACCGGAAAUAUUUCAUGAACUGCAGAAAGCUAAGAAUAUUCUAAUAGAUGAUGAGACGAGGCGAAUGUACGACGCUUGGUUUGAUUGCUCCAUCAAUAUUCCUUGGCGAAUGUGGCUCGAAAAUUCUCACAACUUUUUCGGUGUACACUGGACAAGCCGAGUUCACAGUUUACCCGCUCUUAAAUAUCGAAAAGGAGAAACAAAAAUGGAAGAUUCAUUCGUAGGCGGAAUAUUGUGUCAGCCAUCCUCUCAUCAUUCUUUAUUACUUAAUAAGUUCAGACAUUAUGAAAUUUGA